GUCAAAUAUCUUGUGUUUUAUGAUGGUUAAAGCCACGUGUCUAAUACAAAAAUAAAAUGGAAUAACAAUAAAAAGAGGAAACGAGAUUUCGGGAUUUCGUUAGUCGCUUAUUUUAGUUAAAUUAAAACCAAUUUUUCCACUAGUCUACCACUGUCAUUAGUAGAUGUCUACGAACAUAUUAUGUAAGUUCCACCAAACUGAAUUCCGGAUUCGAGUACCGUGAGAAAAACAUAUUAUGCUACAUUGUUUAAUUUUAAAAUUAAUUGUUUUAAGUAACCCUUUAAUUGUAAAUUAAUGAUUAUUAUUUUCUGUAAUGAACAACAUUCUUUGUUUCUUUAAAUAUUUUUUUAUCUAUUGCUCAUAUUUAGAAAUUUUAGGAAAAAACGUUUUUUUUUGUCGUUUGGCAAUACCUUUGAAUGAAUGAAUACUAUCCGCGUGUGCACAGUAAAAACUGUUUGAUAAAAACGUGACUAACAAAAUUUACAUUGAACUAGUGGUAAUCGUCAGCAUGUAAACGUUGAAAGUCAACAGUAAGAUAAGCCAGAGAGGCGUGACGAUGUGGUUCAGUUGGCGCCUGCGCUUCGCGAGUAUACUCUACAGCGCUUGCGUGGUUUCACCAUUCCCAACCGGCAUCGACGGAGCGGGUAUCGCUUACAGGUGUUCUGUCCUCGACCAUCAUGAACGCUAGCCAGCUCCGUCGACUCGCCUCACCGAUUCUUAAGCCCUCGAUAUGCGCCUGUUUUCGACACUACAGUCAAAAAUGGCGCAACUCAGCACCCAACUUCUAUUCGAUUCAAUCCGUCGAUAUAAGAGUCCGAGAUGGUCCACAUAAGAAUGCUGAUGAUGUCCUAUUUGAUAUGUUUAAGAAUGAAGAAACAGGAUUACUUCCAGUUGGAAAAUUUUUGGCCGCCCUAAGAACCACCGGGAUAAGAAAAAACGACGCACGUGUUAAAGAGGUAAUGCAUAGCCUGUACAAAGUUCACAAGGAAUCUAAUUUCGAAGGAGGAUCUCCAGAAACACUGAAACUUGAUCGAAAGACCUUCAAAGAAGUUAUUGCACCAAAUAUAGUGUUGAUAACUCGAGCUUUCCGAAGUCAGUUCGUAAUUCCAGACUUCCAAGAUUUUAUCAAGGACAUAGAGGAAAUGUACUGGGCUGCAAAGAGCAAUACUGAUGGUAAAAAUGCGAGCUAUAUCCCGCAAUUAACGAGAGCCAGUCCCGAGAGUUGGGGCGUAAGUGUUUGCACAAUUGAUGGUCAACGUUUUUCUAUUGGUGACGUGACCGUGCCAUUUACUCUUCAAUCUUGCAGCAAGCCUUUGACUUAUGCAAUGGCCCUUGAAACUCUUGGUCCUGACGUAGUGCACAACUAUGUUGGCACAGAACCUAGCGGACGGAACUUUAAUGAAUUGAUCCUCGAUUAUAAUAUGAAACCACACAACCCUAUGAUCAACGCUGGUGCUAUUCUUGUUUGUUCAUUACUAAAAACGCUGGACAAACCAGAAAUGACAUUGGCUGAAAAAUUCGACUACGUCAUGUCGUUCUUUAGUCGCCUUGCUGGGAAUGAGGUGUUGGGCUUUAAUAAUGCAGUAUUUUUAUCGGAACGUGAAGCCGCCGACCGAAACUAUGCUCUGGGUUUUUACAUGAGGGAACACAAAUGCUACCCCGAGAAAACAAAUCUGAGGGAAUGUAUGGACUUUUAUUUCCAGUGCUGUUCCAUGGAAGCAAACUGCGAUAUAAUGUCAAUUAUGGCGGCAACUUUGGCUAACGGAGGAAUUUGUCCGAUAACUGAUGAAAAAGUAUUGCGACCAGACUCCGUGCGUAAUGUGCUGUCGUUAAUGCACAGUUGCGGCAUGUACGACUACUCUGGACAGUUCGCUUUCAAAGUGGGACUCCCUGCCAAAUCUGGAGUAUCGGGCGCCAUGCUUAUUGUGGUCCCAAAUGUUAUGGGCAUAUGUACAUGGUCACCGCCUCUAGAUCCAUUGGGAAAUAGCUGCAGAGGCUUACAGUUCUGCGAUGACUUAAUUAAACGAUUCAAUUUUCACAAAUACGAUAACAUUCGUUACGCGAGCCACAAAAAGGAUCCCCGCCGAUACAAGUUCGAAUCCACAGGACUUAAUAUCGUCAACUUAUUGUUCUCUGCUGCAAGUGGAGAUCUCAGUGCACUGAGAAGGCACCACCUGUCUGGUAUGGACAUGACUUUGUCGGACUACGAUGGACGGACGGCUUUGCAUUUAUCCGCUGCUGAGGGUCAUUUGGCGUGCGUCGAAUUUUUGCUCGCUCAAUGUGGAGUACCUCAUGACCCGCGAGAUCGUUGGGGCAGUCGACCUCUAAAUGAAGCCGAAACAUUUGGACACACUGCCGUUGUUCAAUAUCUGAAGGAAUGGGAACGCGCUCACCCCGAAAACCCCCCAGUAGAAUCACCAUCCUCAGUGGACGAAAUACUCGUGACUAAGCCAGAUGCUACCGAUGCUGUAAAGGAUCCCAGCAUCCAGGAGAUAGUUACCAGAAAUGGAGAUAAAGUACAAUAAUACAGUAGAAUCUCAUACAUUUAGUUGUAGAUCUCACUAUGUAACCUAAAAUAAAAAUAACCACGGCAUUUCACGCCAUUGUAUCUCCAGAGGAGGUGAUUUAUACAAAUCAUUUCGUUUUCAUAAUAAUGAUUUGUUUAAUAAUGUUUAAUAUCGAAAAUGCCUUGAAUGAGUUUUAAAUUGAAAAUUAAUUAUUUGUUUGUGUACCUAAGUACACAUCCACGUGUCAUCUUCGGUGUAAAAUAAUAAUUACCUAUAUGACCUAGGUAUUUUUAUCCGACUUCUUAAAAAGGUUUCAAAUUAAGUUUUUUAAUAAAGCUUGCUAUCUCAGAACUCCGUCAUUUAUUUUGGAAUUCGAAAUAAUAUACAAUCAGUUUCGUCUCAUGAAAUUUCAUCAAAAUCCGUUCAGUAGUUUGGUUUUUAAAUCUAAAUAUGUAGUUGGAAAAAGUAAAUCAUCGAUGUAAGCUUUAUUGUGUAUUUUGAUUUUUAAUGAGCGACUAUAAUUUAAAUUGUUUUUUUUUUAAGUAAAAGAAGAUUUGAAAACCGUGCUCAUAAAUUACUGUUUUAUUUACGUUACGGACAAUAUAGGUGGAAUUUCAUCACUGGAAUUAUUAUGUAGGUACAAUUUAUCAUAUUUCUGCAUGUCUUUAAAUUUAUAAGUACGAUUGUAUUUAAAUUGCUUAUAAACUAUAAACGCCACAUUUCCAGAGUUAAAAUCUGUGUUAUAUUUUUUUAACAUUCCAUUUUUGAUGACAGACGCAAUGUAUGUCUUUUAAAUACUGCUUGUCGUUUAGCUAAUGGUUUAUAACGUCAUCCUUUUAUAUAAAUACUAAAGUUGGUAAGUGGGAAUGUUAAAAAUGUUGCAUUACACACGUUUUAAUAAAUACGCAAAGACAAUAAUUAUAAUGUUAACAAAACAAUAUUUAGUAAUUAUAGUUCAUGUGUAUUAAUGUUGUCCAUAUUAUGUAUAAGUCAAUUAAACUUGUUGAAUUUAUAA